AUGGCCACGUUAGCCUGUCAGAAUGCCGCUGCAUUGUACCGCACCGAAUCCACCUUGUAUCGAAAUCGCGCCAUUCACGAUGGACGGGCAUUGGAAUUGCUGAAACGAGUGUCCCAUCGAAAGGAGGAAGAUUGGCAUCGCGUCUACGUCGUACCCGUCCAAGACGAAGUUCAACGAUUGGAACAACUCGCUCAGGUUUCCAAAGAAACGGCCAAACAAAAAGAGGACCACUUUGUGACCUUGCGAAAUCAAACCCACGCUUCGAUUGCCAUUAUUAUGAACGAAAUUGCCAAACAAUACAAUCACGAGUUUCAAAAAGCACUGUCCGCCACGACCACCACAGCGGAUGGAUCUUGCACAACAACAGGACUGGAAUGUCUGCAACAAACGGAAUCUCUCAUGAAAGAACUCCACACCAAAUCCAAAUCCUUUCCGCAACUGCGUCAACCCGUACCCUCUCACAAUAACAACAACAACAAUACACAGUCUCUGGAAUACCUGGACUGGCUGCGAACGGAAUCCUCCAAACAACUGUUGGAAGAUCCCUCCACAUCUCCGUUUUAUCGUCUGUUGCAUUCCAUCCAACGGCAUUCAUCACUCAGCACUACUACUACCGACAAUAAUACCAUUCAAAUUGAAGUGGCUCCGCUCAAGAGCUACGCCCGCAUUGUGCAAAAGUCACAGGACAAGUACAAAGGCGACUUUUCACAAGUCACGGAUUAUGUGCGUGGCAUGGUCGUCUUUUCCAAUUUGAUGGAACUCCACCGUGGCCUGCAAGCCAUAAUGGCGAAUGACGAUACGAAUGAUGAUGAACAUGCAAAGGACGACGACAGUACUACCAGUAGUGGGUUCAUUGUGGAAUUGCAAUUCCAUUUGGCGUCCUUUUUACGAAUCAAAAACACAAAGGGUCAUGUCAGUUACGAAGCUGCCAGGAGUGUCCACAUGUUCAACCCAGCCUCUACGUCUCGAAUAUUUUGCUGGCAAGAUGAUGAUGAGGAUGAUGAUGACGACGAAGAAGUGGAGCUUGCAAAGUUGUUGCAAGAGAUUGCAACUGGUGUCACCACUCGGUUGACGUUGGAUUACAGCACGGCCUUGUGGAAACCGGAAAAUCAAAAGCGACUAGCGGAUGCCUUUGCCGAUAGGCGAUGCUCGUUGCUCUGCAUAUCCUUACGGUCCUGUCGUUGUGGCGACGAUUUCAUUGACAUGUGUUUGAACCAAGAGCGGCGCCCGCAUGUUUGGGAGGAACAAGAGACGGAAAUAGUCUACCAUACAGUUCGGUUGGGAUCCAUUCUCCACGAAGGAACCGCCGGCCGCAUUUCUCAAAAGGGUGUCAAGUUGCUUCUGUCGCAUGGCAACACAUCCCUGAGGGUUUUGGAUCUCGAAGGGUGCUUGGAUUUGGACUGGUACGAAAAUUGCGGAGAUGAGGUCGUUAGCACAAUUGAAGCACACAUUGCGACUUGCCUCGAACAGGGAAAGGCGCCACUCCCACAACUGCAGGAGUUGAAUUUAAAGUCCACGGGCUUGACACCCAGUGGUGCCAAGAGGAUAGCGGACAUGCAGGAACGGGGACAAUUGCCUCAGCUCCAAACGAUUCUAAUGGAUGAGGACCUGACAAAACCGCCACGCCGCGUUGGACCAAAGUAG